UCCUACAAUGAUCUGGUUUUGGAAUCAAAUCUUGUAUCCUAUUGCUGUCAUCGUCCAAUAUUUUUUGUACUGGAUUAUUAUCUUCAUUUGGUGUAAUUCGAACGUGGUCUUCCCACUCCCCGUCAUUGUCAUCGUCAAUAAAAAUGAGGGACGCGUCUUCCUGUUUUUCAUUAUUAUUCAUCUUUGCCGGAAAAUCUGAAAAAUUUACGGCCUUAGGUGGGCCUGGGUUUGUGCUUUCGUCUUCCUCUUCAACGUACCGAAUAGUAAAGUUAAUCGACAUGGUUUAUGCAACUUGUUUGACUUUUAUGUUUAAUCAACCAUUAAAAGUUACAAAAUUAACCGUUUGAAAGUGACGAUGAUCGAGUUUGACACUGAUGAAAUUAUAAUUACGAAUACUAAUUCACAAAAUGUAACUAAGGGGAAGUUAAUGUGCUAUGAGUUUCAUAAAUUCAUUCAUGCUUUUGCAGUAUGUAAUCGGCUAAUUAUUUAGAAAAUCCAAGACAAAAUGUUUAAAAAAUCUAAUGUGCAGACUUCAUUUAGCCCGAGUCAGGGUUAGUCUUAUUUUAAAAAUUUUGUCCGAUGACCUAAUGGCUAUACUAACAUAUGCAUACGUACAUAUGUAUGUGCAUACCUUCAUGCCAAAUUUCAGGUUUCUGCGAUAACUCGUAGAUUUGUUACUAAAUAGUUACCCCCAGCACUUAAAUGAAUCCCACCGAUCCUACCCAUCUUCGGGCUCAUUCACGGCCUUAUCCAUGCAGAUACGCAUUUAAAGACUGUCUUAUCAAAAUCGGUUCAGUGAUUCGUCCGCUAGCGUGUUACAGACGGACAGACGGACACAACGAUUCUAUAAGCCCUUUGGGCUACGGUUAUAACAUUGACUUUUAUUUCCAGUAUGCACGGGUAAUUUUUUUUUUGCAUACGGGGAUUGAAUUUAUUGAGUAAUUCACACGUACCAUUAUAUGUAUAUCAUUUACGUAUUUGCUGUAUGUAGCCGAUUCAUUGCACAACACAUUACAUAGUAAAUGCAGAAAUCCUACAACAGGUAGAUACACGUGUAGGUUUCUUAAAUGCCGAUGUACAUAUCUGCACACUUGCAAAAGUUAAUGAUAUAAUUGGAAAAAAGUUAAAACUAAUGAUGCACGUUGAAUGGGUACACAAAAAAACUUGUUGCUAAACUCUACAUGCAGAAAGACAGUAAUCACAAGAUUUUGUAGCAUUAUGAGAACGGAGAUACACAAGCUCCACACCAAUGCAAGACUUGUGUAAUUUACUUGGUCCGUGUCGUAAAGGAUUGUCAGACAGAAACCAGGAAAAAGUUAGUGAAGAGACGAGAACAAUUGAAGAAAGAGACAAAAGCCAGAAUUUACGAGCUUCUUUCUGGUACGAGCUCUGGUCUACUUUAAUCAGUUGCCCAAGAACUUCCGGAGGUGUCAUCGCUUUUCACUCGUCUGCUUGAGAUUCUAAAUACAUCGAAUCAUGUCGUGCCUUGUUUUUCCAUUUUUCAUAGCCGCAUUGACGUUUAGCGGUGUUGUCAAUGUUGUGAGUGUGUCAGUGGAGCAAGAUUUAUCCUUAAGUUUUACAGAAGGCCAAAUUCUUGAUAACUUUGCAGCCAGGAUGAAAUCGAGAUUGCCAGAAUCUUAUAUGCAAGAACCCAUUUAUCUAAUCCGAUGGCUUCGAGCCAGAAAUUUUAACAUUGAUGCUGCCGAGCGAAUGCUUCUUAAUAAUUUAAAGUGGCGAGAGGACAUCAAUAUCAAAAAUUUGGAAAAUGAAGAUUGGUCACACUUUGAGGAAGAAUUUGCCUAUUCCUUAGACAUUUCGGACAAGCAUGACAGACCAAUCCUCACGAUUGACAGUGGGAAAUGGGAUGUACGAAGUGCCGUUGUGAGUGGUCAGCGAGACAAGUUAGUUCGUUGGAUGAUAAAAAUGAUGGAAGAUGCAACAAAGAGAGUUCGUGAUUACCAGCAACAAGGGAAAAAUGUGACUCGAUGGGGGAUGAUCUAUAACUUGGGUUAUUUUAACCUCGUGCAAAGCGGAUGCUUCCAAUGUCUUUCGGUUUAUACGGAUUUCGUAUCUAAUUACGAAGCACAUUAUCCAAAUACUGUCGAUAAAAUCACGCUUGUCAACACACCGACUCUCUUUGAAGUCGUGCUCCGACUCAUCCGACCAAUUUUUUCUGAAGAAACCAAAAAUCUUCUCUCCGUGUAUGGAACCAAUAAGCAAGAAUGGCAGUACGCGCUUUUGAAAGAAAUUCCAAAGAAAGAGUUGCCCUCCGAGUAUGGUGGAACAAGGGUUAGAGACAUUUUAGAUGACAAUUAACAUGUACAAAUGCUAACAGAAGGAAAUACUGGGUUUAUUUCUAAUAAGUUAUAUCUUAUAUUUUGCGUUGUUCUGUAAAAAGCAAGAGGAAAUGAUUCAUACACAUGAGUGUAAAUAUGUAGAUAAUAAAUCCGUCUCAUAUUGAA